CGAUCGAUUAAUGCAGUUGUAAUGCGGAAGAUUUAUAUUUUCGUUAAAAAUCAGUAAAACAAACAAACUUUGAUCAAAACCCGUCAUGUCGACGUAAUCUCGCAUCCACACAUUUAUAAYUCUURGAAACCGAAUCGGUUACUCCAAUGGAUUUUCUCUGACGAUAAAAUGAGUCUUUUGCAAGAAUUUGGAAACUCUUGCGUCCACUGGUCGGUGGGUUUGACGGUCCUCGUGGGCCUCAUCGCCUCAGAACACUCCGGUGCCAUCACAAUUAUCGCGUUACCGAUUUCGGCGAUAUUCCUAACAUUAUCAGCAUUAUGUGGGGCGUCCCUAAACCCGACCGACACAUACAAGAAACGAAAAUUAUGUGAUAUUUUAGACUUUUUUCAAAUCUGGAUGGAAAUUUUAGAAUUUCUAGCUGCAUCAGCUACCUGUGCUAGGAUUGCUAGUGCUACUAUAGACUAUAUCAGCAAUGAGAAAUUAAGAGAGUGGUUUCUAGGGAUAGAAUCACACUCGUUGGGCGAGCCCUGGCCUGACAUUUUAGGCGUUUCUAUUGUUAUUGUUGUCAUUGGAUUGUUUAUGAUGGGGCUUGAGAAAUCGCCCUUUUUUACCGCCCUUCUGUUGGUAUCAUUGUUAGUCACUUUUGGGUUCUUCGUUUCGGUUGGCUGCUUUGAAACCGUGGUAGAUUUAGCUAAAUGGAGCCAAGAUUUUAAAACGUGUACUAUACAAACGAUACUAUCAGCGGCAGCCAUGUGUUCAUACGGUUUCAACAGUUCUUAUCAGAAAAUCACCAGACACAAGUUUGUCAAAAUUGUAGUAAUGGUGUUUUUCCCCUUAUUCUUGUACAGUUUUGCCACCAUAGUUUUCACCCUGAUGUCGCACUCCAAGGAAUUGGCUGGAACCGCGACCCCUAUGUUGCGAGUUUUUGAACUACGAGACGUGGAUUGGGCCCGUUUGGUGAUGUCCAUUUGUAUGAUUUGCACCACAUGUCUGGCCUUGACUGAAAUUUUCCCGUCUUUGUAUUCGCUGUUUGAGGUUUUGGCGAGUAAAGAGUGGCAAAUUUUUUUAGCGUCUUUGAGGUACCGGAACUCGUUUACGGGGGCUCCCCUACUUGCCAUUUUUUCAGCAGGUAGUCUGAGUGCCAUUUUGGCCUUCGCGUGUCCUUUGGCAUAUCUCAUCAAAAUUUUAAACGUUUCAACUCUACUAAAAGCCAUUUCGAAAUCACUAUUGGUGCUAUAUUACUACUACCGACCCGAAUUUCGAAACGAGUCUUAUCUAGUCGCUCCUAGUAUGACUCAAUACAGCAAACUACAUUCGAAAAAUCAGAAAGAAACCAAUUUGAAAAAUAAAAUUACGGGUAUUAUAUCAGGAUGGAAGAAGAAUGUCUCGCCCACUAGUGCCAACAGAAACCGGACUCCAAAAGAAGGGACGACUCAAGACGAUGAGUAUUUGCUCCUGAAUGAGUAUUGUGAUAAGUCUGAUGUUGUUUUAAACGAAGUCAGUUCCGAUGAUGAAGAGAGAGAGUCAGUGGUUUCGAGCGAUGUUGAAGAUUCGUACAGUUCCACCGAUGUUGAUACUGCUGUUCAAGAAUACAAAGACAAAAUUCAAGUGGCAACGAUCGACAACUUUAACGAAAACAAAUACCCGACGUACGUGACAGCAACAACUGUUGUUAUAUUUUUAAUAAUUAUAGCUAUAGCGACAAUAAGUUUAUCGCAAGUGUUGACUUGGAAAUUUUACAGUUUAUUGUGGCCAUGUUUUACGGUUUCGGUGUUUUCGACUCUUAUUAUUUUAGUGAUGCCACAUAAUUUGUACCAAUCGGAAAACGGUUUGUUACCUAAAUCGGUCACUCCAUUGUGCAAUCUAAUUGCGAUUCAAGUGCAUAUCAUUUUGGUGGCCACAAUACUGCACGAGGUUUGGCCGGGAAUUAUUUUUUGGGUCAGUGUUGGAUGUCUGCUUUUCUGGCGAUGCGAUUGUUGUACCUGUGAUGGGCUGUUACCUAACAAUAAUCAAAAAUCAAAACUAAAUAUUACCGAAAAUUUCACCGACAAUUAUGUGGACACGAUUUUAAUCAGUAGAUGACAGGACUGUGACGAUUACCACGACGCAAAUUUUAUUUUUGAAUCAGAUGAUGAAAAUAAUUGAAUUUGUAUGUGAUUUUGUACCGUUGCACUAUGUCGGUGUAGAAAUUUUAGAGACAUAGAAGAGUAUUAAUUGCAAUAAUGUG